UUGCCAGAAAGUUUUUUUUUUUUUUUGGGUUAGAUGAGUUGAUGAGAUCGGAAGUAAUGUGUUUGGGGAAAAAAGAGGAUUUGUUCUGAACGUGAAGGAGAAACUUCAUUUCACUGCGCGUCAUGAGCUCCAAACUUAGGCCAAGUGACAGAGGAAAGCAGUUUUCAGCGCACCGUCGGUGAGACAAACUACAGAAUAAUGGAGACAGGCUAACACGUCAAAUGAAGAGAUGAACUUCGGGGUCUCUGCAGACUCGCUGUUGCUUUUACGUGCCUGCGAUGACGGGGACUACGAGACGGCCCGGGGUCUCCUGGAGCCCGGCGCCCCGAGAGAGUCGGGUCGGCAAAGCAGGAUGCGGUCAGAAGCGGGCUCGGAGUGCGCGGCUCCGGACGGGGUGUCCCUGGUAUCGGUGGACUGCACGGAUGAGGAGGGAAACACCGGCCUGCAGUUCGCCUCGGCCAGCGGCCACGAGAACCUGGUGCGGUUCCUGCUGCGGAAGGGCGCCUCAGUGGACAGCCGCAACAACUACGGCUGGACCCCGCUAAUGCAGGCUGCGAGGUUUGGCCACCUGACGGUUGCCCACAUCCUCCUAGAGAACGGUGCGGAGAUAAAUGGCCGCAACAGGUUAGGCGCGAGCGUUCUGUCCAUGGCGGCCCGUGGAGGCCACGUUCAUGUGGUCAAGUUGCUCCUGGAGAGCGGGGCCUACGUCGAUGACUUCGAUCACCUGGCUGUGGCGGCAGACGCCAUCUCUAAUGGCAACAACAACAACAGCUGCAGCACAACUGGGUUUGGACCUGCUGAGGGCUAUCCAGUGGGAGGAGGAGGAGGCGGCCGGGAUUUCAUGGAUGUCACUGCUCUGAUGGUGGCGUCCCAGCAUGGUCACGAAGCCACUGUCUGCCUGCUGCUAGAGUGGGGCUCUGAUGUCAACUUUUCCCAGAAGACUACUGGCUGGGGACCGUUGAUGGCAGCCACGCUCAGUGGGAAGGAGGCUGUAGCCCAGCAGCUGGUGGAGCGUGGGGCGGAUCCAGACCGGGUCAAUGUUCUGUCCAAGACAUCCUUUGAACUAGCCAUGCAGCUGAAACAAAGAGACAUCAAGGCUUAUCUGGACUCUAUUACCACCGUCAGACCUCAAACAGAUGAUGAGAGAAAACGGCCAGACGUGUUCAGUGCUCUCAAACUGGGAAAUUCCCAGCUUGUUAAAGACAUCUUGGAGGAAGAUCCAGGUCAGGUAAAUUCAUUCAAUCAGGAUGGAGCGUCGCCCCUCAUGAUGGCAGCGGUGAGCGGGCAGUUGGAGGUGGUGCAGCUGAUGGUGGAAAAGAAAGCCGACGUAGACAAACAGGACUCUGUUCACGGCUGGACCGCUUUAAUGCAAGCCACGUAUCACGGCAAUAAAGACAUUGUCAAGUACCUGCUGAGUCAAGGAGCCGACGUCAACCUUAGAGCUAAGAAUGGAUACACUGCCUUUGAUCUGGUUAUGCUGCUCAAUGACCCAGACACUGAGCUGGUCCGUCUCUUAGCAUCGGUCUGCAUGCAGGUAGACAAGGACAAACCCAAACAGCGUGGCAGAGCUUUAAUCAGCCGCUCCAAAAGCAGACAGUCUCUCAACAACAUCCCCAUGCCACCUGAUGACAAGGGAGGCCUCAAGUCCUGGUGGAGCAGGAUGUCCAAUCGCUUCCGGAGGCUAAAGCUGACUCACACCCUGAGGCACGGCCUCUCGACCAAUCGUCUGGCUCCGUUUCCAGACGAUGCUGAAACCCCGCUGGAUGCCACGAUGAGGGCGGAUGCGAAGGCCACGGCUGUGGCGAAUGGGACGGCGGGCGCUACUGCUGUCCCAGGAGUGAACGACAUGAGCACCGCAUGGGCUGUCAAGACCAAAGAUGCUGCAGGUCACUGCAGAACAUCGUCAGAAAAAGAGGACUCACUAAUAACCACAAUGCUGAGAAGCGGCGCUCCUCUGACCCGGUUGCCAAACGACAAACUGAAAGCAGUGAUUCCUCCAUUCUUGCCUCCGUUCAACUUUGAGCCAUGGAACUCCGACCGCUCGCACCUCCUCAGAGAUGGAAAGAGCGAAGCGCCCCGUCUGCCGAUGCCUCCUCAAAGAAAACUCAACAGCAGUGGGAACUCUGAUAUUACGUCCAUCAGUCGUGUUGUUAACAGGUCCAUUAAGUUUCCGAGCAUCCCUAAAGGACCUUCCUCAUCGUCACCCUCAAAUUCUGGUCACUACCACUCCCCCCACUCCUCUGGGGGAUCGAAUGGAGUAGCAGGGAUCAACCGGGACUCUCACAAUCGCUCAGGGGGCAGCGCAGACAGUGUUCUCUCACAGAUAGCCGCCCAGCGUAAAAGAGCUGCUGGGCUGAUAGAGGUGAAGACCCAAACAGCAGAGAAACAGCAAAGCCCACCUCCUCUGCCAGCUUCAACACCUGUCAGCCUGCCUGACAUCCCCUCCAUCCCCAGCUUGGUCGCCUCGGACCUCCACUCCAGAAGGAAGAUUGAUCUGAAAAAGAGAUCACAAUCUGGGAAUUCGUCCACUUCCAAGAGCACAUCGCCCACUUUAACCCCUUCUCCAUCCCCGACACCAAAGAUCCCUCCUGGCCCAGGGGACUCUCUGUCAUCAGCUUCGUCUCACCCGUGCUCCAAGAGCAGCGGGGGCUCCAGCAGCGGCACCAUCACAGACGAAGAUGAGCUGUCUAGUAUUCUGAAGAAACUGUCUCUUGAGAAAUAUCAGCCUAUAUUUGAGGAGCAGGAGGUGGACAUGGAAGCAUUCCUGACUCUAACAGAUGGAGACCUGAAAGAGCUGGGGAUCAAAACAGAUGGCCCCAGGCAGCAGAUCCUAGCAGCCAUAUCUGAACUCAAUGCUGGAAAGGGUCGAGAGAGGCAGAUCCUUCAAGAGACCAUCCAUAACUUCCAGUCGUCCUUCGGUAGCAGCGCCAGUAACCCGAGGCCACCCGGCCAGUCUCGGUCUCCAACGACUUGGAUGAGACACCAGGUUCGUUCCUCCAGCAAAAGAUAACCUCAUCUACACUGAUGCCCUCAAGGAAGUACUCCAAAGGCACCUCCAGUAAGAGCUUGCAUGUUGAUGACUUCCUGCUAAAGUAUGGAGGUUCCUGAACGGCAACAAAAAUAAGAGCAAGAGAGCAGUGAUGCGAAACAGCCAAGCUCGCCUGUUUGAAGUGCCUUUAUUGGACACAGCUGGACCAAAUCAUCUUCCUGUUUUGGAUUGGGAAGCAGGGGAGCUCACACUGCCUUCACUGAAGCAAGGGCUGCUUGGGAAACAGGAAAUGGAAAAAGGCAACAAGUAGUAUUAAGACAAAAACCUGAGGUACACCAUAAAGGAACUGACCAUUUGUGAUUAAAAAUAUGAAAUGCAACAAGUAUAAAAGCAUCAUUUUAAGUAAAACGUGAACUGAUUGUGUGUGUAGAAAUAAAUGCUGGUUGGAUUGCCUGUUUUUGUAAUUAAAAAUAUGAGAUGCAACAAGUAUAAAAGCAUCAUUUUAAGUAAAACGUGAACUGAUUGUGUGUGUAGAAAUAAAUGCUGGUUGGAUUGCCUGUUUUUGGCUGAAAUGAAUGAGAUG